GAACUGAUGACCACCCCAAUUCUGCAGCCCACUAAGGCUCUGUCUCCAGAAGCUGAAGCCAGCACAGCACUUAUUGCAGUUGUUAUCACCGUGGUCUUCCUCACCCUGAUCUCAGUCGUGACCUUGAUCUUCUUUUACCUGUACAAGAACAAAGGCAGCUACGUCACCUAUGAAUCUGCAGAAGGCGAACCCAGCGCCAUCCUCCAAAUGGAGAGUGACUCAGCCAAGGGCAGGGAGAAGGAGGAAUAUUUCAUCUGACAGUUCCUGGGCACCUAGAAGGGCGUCCAAUCUUCCGAGCUAACCCACAGUCUCUGCCCCCGCGCCUCGGUGUUGCUUCCCGGAGUCCCUUGGAGGGGAGCGGGUUGAGCUUUCCUCCCCGCCCCGGCCAGGGCUACGGCAGCCGGAGACCUCCAG